AUGUCGACGAAUGUAUAAAUAAUCCCUGUCAUGUGAACGCGACAUGCGACAAUCAACCAGGAACAUUUGGCUGUAAUUGCAACACAGGCUUUUCUGGGAAUGGACGUACAAUUUGUAACGGUGCGUAAAAACAUCACUAAAUUGAAAUUAGACAUCAAUUUUAUUUAAACGACUCCAUAAUGUGUUUACUGACAAUGGCUCAGAAAACCGACACGUCAGACAAAAUAAAAUAAAAUUGGCUGCAAUGCGUGCUCAUUAACUCGAUUGAGCACGGCAAAAAAGCCCGGGACAUUUUUGCCUUUUUUUAGGAAGCAUUUUCUAGGGAAUUUUCCUAACAUUUUUUAUUGAUUUAAUCAGUAAAAUUUAAUAACAACGCUCAGCCACUUUGUUUUGAUAGAUAACUGAUUUAUUUUAAGGCAAAUCAUGUGCCAAGUGAAAAGCUUAGAUUAUAGUGAAUUGAAGGCAAAGUCGAGGAGUUUCGGUCAGCGGGACGACAAACACUUUUUCCUCUCCCAACUUGUGGGAUCAAGCCAAAUGAUGAAAAAAUCGUUUAUGUGAUUGAUAUAUAUCUUUUUACGAACAUUCUGAAUAAAGUGGUAGCGUUAUAUAAAACAGUUAGUUCAGUUUUAUAGUUUGAAUUUACACUUUAAUUAGUUUAGUCGACGUUUAUUCAAGUUGUGAUAUAUUUCACGGUAAUUAUGCAUUUAGAUGUGGUUGAAUGCAAUGAUCCUACGACAUGUGAUGCAAAUGCUCGAUGUGACAACACCAUAGGAAGCCAUUAUUGCACUUGCAACUUCGGUUAUUCAGGAAAUGGAAAAUCAUGCCAAGGUAAGCUCAGCCUAGAAAAUUCAAGACCAUAGCUGGAACUGGAAGACAGUUGCAUUGCAUAUAUACUCUCCGGGUUUCUUUAUUGUAUAUUUCUUAAUUUGAUAGUCUGCAGACAUAGGUACAUAUAUAUUUAUGAUCCUGAUAUAUAUAUAAUAUUUUAAAUCUCUUUUAAACACAGAUAUCGAUGAAUGUGUUGAUCCAUCAAGAUGUCCAGCAAACUCCACAUGCAGUAACUCACCUGGAACAUUUACAUGUACAUGUAAUAUUGGCUUUACGCCAGUGAGUGGCAGAUGUGACGGUACGUAAAGUUAAUUAUAAGACCGCAUAAACGCUCUCAGACGCCUCUGAGGGUUCAUUAAUUGAAGAGCUACCCGACGCGGGAACUUCUAGAGAAGAAGUAUGGGUGCAGUAUUAUAAACCCACUGUGUCUAAUGGCUAUGUGAUGUGAAUCAUGUUUCUCCUAAUGUAGCCAGUGGUACCGCCAAGGGGAAGGAAGCGAGCGCGGGACGAGAUGUUCAUCAGAAGUUGCGUAACUUCCCGCGCAUCUAUUAAUAGAAUCUACUGAACUUUGAUCUAAUAUAAAGCUCUAUGAUUAUAUUAUGCAUGUCCUCACACCGAAUUAAAUUGUCAAGUAUUCUGAAAUUUGAAUGUAGCAAAAGGUGAUUUAUUAAGAGCUUUACAUUUUCCUUUAAAUGCCUCCACAAUGCAGGAAAUCAGUGUCCUAGUUCAGAGACCCAAAUCUCUCAUUUUUCGGGGGAACGCGGUUCCACGCCCUUUUAGAAUUGUAGCUCGCUAAUUAUUAAGCUGCUCCCCCCUCCCCCCUCAAAAAUAACUAAAAUCCUGACAGCACCACUGAAUGUAACAUGACUGCAUGUAUAUGUUUAAAUUUGCAAUAUUUUAAUCUUGUUUCUAAAACUUUCACCUUUGUGGUUCAUAAUUUAUUUCUUACUUAUAUUACAAUAUUUUAAACCACAACAAAUACGCGGUAGCAGAAAGAAGUAUAUUUCGUGGCGAACGCUUUUCCGCAACAAAAUAACAAUACAAUAACAAUAUAAUUUCCAAAUCAACACCUGCAUGAGCCGACGUUACACAUUCAUCGCCUUGCCGGUCAAAUCAAUUUGCGGUUCAUUUUAACACCACAUUAUUGUAUUUUGCAUUGGAGAGGCACAUUAGAAAGGCGAGCUCUUGUAGUCCGAUAGCUAGACGACGCGGUGUGUCUCGGCCUUAAGAGGGACUUAUUAAAGACGGGGCUUAUUAAUUAAAGUUAUGAUAUAGCACUGGGGAAAAAUGUGAAAUCCAUGCUAUGGGAUUUGCAAUUGCACCACUAAAUCCAUAGUAUAUCCAUGCUAUUUCGAUACUAUAUCCACAGUAUGGAAAUUACAAUUAUUAUGGAUAAUCAAAAUCCAUGCUAAUUCCAAUAAAGGUCCAUAAAAUUUCAUUACUAUGGAUUUUCAUUUUUUACCAGUGUAGAUUUUAUUUAACAGUACAAGUUCACGCCUGUGAACAUUGUAAUUUUCGCAGUCAAUUUCAUGCAAACUCAAAGAUUUGUGAAUUUGUUUUCACCUAAACUACUGUUCGAUACAUUUUAGUUGAACUUUUGGUUUUUCGUUUGGGUCUGACAAAAUGUCCGACCAACUGUGCAAUUUUUCUGACAUUCGAAUAUUCUGCUGACAAUACUUCGAUACAUUGUUUGCUUAUCACUUCCCGCACGAUCAAUCACAUUGCAUAACUAUUGGUUUUAAGCAGUCUAUACGACCCAUGCAUCAACCGAAACGUUCUUGCUCCCGAGUGCUAACAACGUUUCAAAAAUGUUCUACUUCAUGACUACUAUAAAUUUGUAACUUUAUUAUGUUGCUUGUCACAGCAAAUUGAAAAUGUUUUGUAUUUCUUCUAAUCAAAUAAUAUAUUUUUAAUUUAUUUGAUCAGUCGAAAUGUCGAUACAGAAUAAUAUUAACAGGUCAUUUAGUGUUUUUGUUCCGUUAUUAUCCACAAUGACCUUUAGCUUCUGUGGGUAAUGAUGCUCUUUUAAUUAAAAUUUUAGACAUAAAUGAAUGCAGUAGAGAUCCGUGUACAGAAGAUGGUGCU